UGCUAUUUUCAAGUAUAAAAGGCGGUAAAGGUCAAUGCAUGUAUUCCUUUUAUUAUAAAAAUGUUUUUCUUUAAAAAUAAUGUAAUAAAAUGAUAUAUUGAUUGACUUUUAUUAAAAUUAUUAGAUAAGAUAGUCAGUAAAAACUUCCAAUGAAAUGUUUUUAAUCCAAUAAAGAAUAGGUUAUGUAGAUAAUCAAAGACUUGUAAAUAAACCGAUUAUUUUUUAAAAAUGAGUGCAGAUGACAAUUGCCAAUUUAUACUGGAACGUAUUAAUGCUCCGGAUAGAAUUGUGCUUGAUCAACAAGAUCAUACAUAUACUUGUGGUAGAGCCAGAGAUAAUGAAAUAGUAUGUCUUGGUUUGACAGUAUCGCGACGUCAUUGCAUUUUUUUUCGCAGCAAAAAUGAAUUAUAUGUUACAGAUUUAAAGAGUGCAAAUGGUUUAUUUAUAAAUGGAAUUCAUCAAGAACCUUUUCAGACAACUAAAUUACAUCCAAAUGAUAUUAUUGGUAUUGGUUGUCCAAAUGUUGAUACAGAUAAUAGUAUGUAUGUAUAUGAAUUACAAACAAUUAAGCCACCAAAAGUUGAAAAUAAUCAUACUACUACUUUAUCAGAGACUAUAAUAAAUAUUGAAAAUAUAUGUAAUGAUAAAUCUGAUGUUCAACGCAAAAGAGGACAAAGAAAUUCUAAUGGAGAUGUGCCAAGUAAAAUUUUCAAAUUAGAAAGUGGAAAUUGUAUCUCAGAUAAAAAUUCUUUAGAAGACAAAUGUACAAUACAAAAUGACAAUGAUAUUGAAAUAAUUCACAUAUCAGGAAAUGACAACUUAUUAAAUGAAAAAGGGAAUUGUGAUAAUUUCACAAAGAAUAUGGAAUUAGAUAAUAAAUUAAAUGUAAAGAAACAUAUUGAUACCAAUAUGAUGAAAUCAAAUAAUAUAAACAUGGAAAAUAUUAACAAAAAUGAAAUUUCUACUGCUUCUAAGAAUAAAAAAGAAGAAUUGAAUAUAAAUACAUUUCACGAAGAUCAAAAUCAUACUGAAAACAGUUUAUUUCAUAUUAAAAAUAUACAUGAUACAGUAAAUAAUAUUGUAUCUAAAAAUACAAUGGAGAACAAUAAAAUAAAGACAAAUAGAGAAGAAAAUGCAAAUAAUAAAGAAGUAAACAAUUUUUUAAUUGAAGUUGAAAUCUCAAAAACAGUUGAUAAAACAAAUCAACAUUUUGAACAAAGUAAUGAAAACAAAAAUUUAUUAUUAUCUGCAAAUUGUGUACAUAACAAAGAUAAUGUGAUAAAAUUAGAGAAUGAAUUACAAUUAACUAAUACUGAUGAAAAUAUAUAUUCUCCAAAUACAAAUAUUCCACUUGUAUCUCCAAUAAAAUUAAAACAAAUUCAACAAGAACCAAAAACAAAAUUUUCAGAAGAUGAUGUGGUAAAUUUAAGUGAUAGUGAAGAUGAUAUUUUUCCAUGUUCUCAAUUGUUUGAUAUUGGAUAUGGCAUGAAUACAUCUAUAAAAGAUGAAAUUAAAGAAGAACCUGCAGAAAUAGAAAAUGUAAGAUAUAGUAUAGUCGAUGAUGCAGAUUUAAUUAUUUCACUAACAGAUAGUGAAGAUGAAGAUAAUAAUUGGUUACAUAAAUUAUCUCGAAGUCAAAUACUUAAUGAGAAUGAUGAAAUUGAUAUCAAUGACAUAAAGAAAGAAGAUAUUGAAUUAAAAACAGAUAUUGAUAUAGAAGAGCCAUUUCGAAAUGAGUUUGAAUUUAUUGAUAAUAGAAAAAACAUAGAUGAACAAAUAGAAGCAAAAAAAUCUAUAGAUAAAGAAGAAGAAAAUAUUCAAGGUAUAAAAAACUUAAAUGAAAUAAUUUCUCCAAAAACUUUCGUCAGUGUAAAAAAUUUAAAUAAAAUAAUAUCACAAGAAACUGUUUCAAAUAAACCAAAAAAUUUUGAAGAUUAUAUUGAAAAACUCACUUUGGAAGGACAAUCCUCGAAAUAUCAGAAUUUGUCUCCAACACAAAAAAAGAUAGAAAAUUACAUGGAUAUAGCUAAUAGAACCAAUAGAAUAGAAAGUACUGUAUCUUCAAGGAAAAAAAAAUUAAUUGAGAAAAAAGUGCCUCAAAUAGAACCUCCACAUUUGCCUACCAGAAAACGAAACACUAAUACUAAUAAAGUUAAACAAAGUCCUCAGAAACAUGAAAAAUCUACUAAAAAAAAAUUAUCUGCUAAUGAAAAAAAAAAGCGAGAAGAAAUGUUGAAAAUAGAACAACGUUUGUAUGCAAAAGAGCAAAAAAAUCGUAAAAUGCUUCAUAAAUGGGCAGAUUGUCUUCCUCCUAGUAAACAGAAGAAAAUUAAUAUUCUUUCUAAAGAAGAAAAGAAAGUAUUGAUAGAUAAUAGAAAAAUGAAAUUGAAGAAACUUGCAAUAGAGGAGAAACGAUUGUCUUUAGAAAACAAUCAAGAGAAGAAACGUAUUGUUUCUAAACCAAAAGCGAAAAUAACGACAAAGACUCGAAACGAUUUUCUUGUCGAAGACACAAUCUCUGCAUCUAGAUUAGAAAAUGUAACGGAAAAAUCUAAAGCUUCGUCCAGUCAAUCUACAGUGAGUAAUACUUCAAAUUCAGAAAUGACAAAUUCUAUAAAACAUAAAAACAUUUCUAAAGAAAUAACAAAACAUUUACAAUAUAAAUUAAUGCUUAAUGAUAUUUCGAAUUUGGGCAAGAUUCCCAAAAAAUCUAACACCACCAAGAUAAAAAUAAAUACUGCAGAAGCAGAAACAGCGUUAAAAGAACUUUCAUUAGAAAAAAAAAUAGAGAAAACAAAUGAAUUAAAAAAUAUUGAAUCACAGAAUAAAUCAAAUAAAGAAUCUUCUAAACUUAUUGAAAAUAAAUCUUCUGUUUCUAAAUCAAAUAUUAAAUCGAAUUUCGUGAAACCAAAAAAACGAGUAUCUUUUUCUGCAGUAAUUCAAAACGUACGUGAAUAUCAAAUUGAUGAAUCUAAUGUUUUAAAAAAAUUAACAGGUAAAGAUGCUCCUAUACCUGCAGAAAAAGUUAUAAAGAAACCUAGUAAUAUCACAGAAUCUAAUGCAAAAAAGGACCAAUUUUUAUGGCGCAUUUUAUGCUGGAAACCAGUAUGGUUAGAAGAACAACAAUAUUUGAAUCAAGAUCCACCUGUUAUACAACCUGAAGAACUUAAUGUAACCUUAACACAUUAUAGAUCAUAUGAGGAAUAUUAUAAUAUUAUAAGUCCACUUUUAUUGCUAGAAAUUUGGCAUGGAAUCACUAAGCAAUUUCAGAGUAUAGAUCAUAUAUAUAGACGGCCCACAUUUAUGUGUUCUAUAGUUGAAAAUUCUAUUCAAACAAAUGUUUCGAAUAAUAUAUUUUUUACAACAUUAAUGCUUGAAGUAUUAGCCACAAAAGAGGAUAUAAGAAAGCAAAUACAUCCUAUUUUUGGAGAUCUUAUAUUUUUUGAAUAUGUUCAAAAUCAUGAAAAAUCACAAAAAUCAAAAGAUUUCCGUAAAGUAUUUGCUUAUGUUACUAAUACAUAUUCAACAGUAUUAACUCCUGUUACUCGUUUUAAUCAAGAUUUGAAAAAUUAUGUGAAAAAUCCUCAUACAUUAUUAACAUAUACUGUGACAACAAAAUGUCUUGAUAAGAAUAUUUUAGUAAAUCGAGUUCAGCGAUUAAGAGCUGUAAUUUAUUUGCGUUCUAGUUUAAGAAUGAUACAAGCAUUGCAGUUCCUUCCUAAUUCACCAUUAGUAAACUUAAUUUUAAAUCCGCAAUUUGAAAUGUAUAAGUUACCAGUUGUUUCUGAAUUAGAGACAUUAAUUACUGGAGAUAAAUUAAAUCAAAAACAGAUAGAAGCUGUAAAUAGAGUAACCAAAGCUGUAGUUCAUAAAGAUACUAAAUUAUGUUUUAUCCAAGGACCACCGGGUACUGGAAAAUCAAAAGUUAUUGUAAAUAUAAUUACUCAAAUAUUAUACGGAAAUAAUAGAUAUACAAGCAAUGGAAGUUCUUUUAAAAUGUUAGUAUGCGCUCCAUCAAAUACUGCUAUUGAUGAGAUCGUUUUAAGAUUAUUAAACGUUAGAACUACAAUAAAACAACAAGCGAAAAUGAAACCGUUUAAAAUGGUUCGCAUUGGACAAUUGGAAAUGAUGCAUCCAAAAGUGAAAGAUAUUUCUGUUACGGAAUUAGCAAAACGAGAUAUCAGAAAAACGAAUAAUGCAAAUAAUACUCCAUCUGAUAGCAUAGAAAAUGAAAAAUUACUUUUACAAUCUAAAAUGAAUGCUCUUCGAUGUAAAUUGAAUUCUCGUAAUUUGGAUGAAACUCAUAAACAGAAUAUCAAGAUGAAAUUGAAUGAUAUGACUAUGAAAUAUGAAUUAUUGAAAAAUCGUGAAUCAUUAAAUGAACUAAAUAUCAGAAACAAAGAAUAUAUGAAAUUACAACGUAUAACGGAAAAUAAGUUUCUUGAAUAUGCAGAUAUAAUUACUUGUACCCUUUCAUCUUGUUAUACUAGUCAAAUGGAAUCCAUUUUUGGUAUUAAUAAUAAAAAAAUAUCUGUGUGUAUUGUAGAUGAAGCUACUCAAAGUUGUGAAGCAGAAACUUUAAUACCAUUAAUGUUAGGAAUUAAUAUAUUGAUUUUAGUCGGUGAUCCAAAUCAAUUACCGGCCACAGUUUUAAGUACACAGGCAAAGAAAUAUGGAUUGGAUCAAUCGAUAUUUUCUCGAGUGCAAAACGCUUUUGAAUUACAGCCAAAUAAUCCGAUAAUUAUGUUGGAUACACAGUAUCGAAUGCAACAUGAUAUUUCUUCUUGGCCAAAUAAAUUCUUUUAUGGUGGCAAGUUGAAGACUGCAGUUGAACGCGAUGAUACGUUUCCAUUUUAUCCCUAUCGAAUUUUGAAUCUUAAUUCAAAUCAGAAUGAUAACAAUUCAAACAAUGAAGAAGCGGAUUUUGUAGCAAAUAUUGUAUAUUGUAUGUUAACUUCUGCUAAUUUGGAUAAUUGGGAAUCAUGUAUUUCAUGUGGCAUUCUUACGCCAUAUAAUAAUCAAAAGUCUAUGAUAUUAACAAAGAUUCAUGAAAAAAUAUUUUCAUUACCUGAAAAUAUUAAAAAAAAAGUGAAAAUUGACGUGAAUACAGUGGAUGGUUUUCAAGGGCAAGAAUGUGAUAUAAUAAUUAUGUCAUGUGUACGAAGUCAAAAAAUUGGUUUCUUAUCAGAUAGACAAAGACUUUGUGUUGCCCUUACAAGAGCAAAACGCAGCCUCAUUAUGUGUGGUAAUUUUAAUAUUUUUAUGAGAUAUCCAAUGUGGAAUUCAUUAAUAUCAGAUGCGAAAUCGCGUAAAGUAUUUUUUAACGUUGAUACUAAUGCAGAUCUUGACAAAGUAAAAUCGUAUGUCAUUAAGCGUACAAGAAGAAAGUGAUUUUUUUUGAAUAUAUUAUUAUUAAUAUUAUCCUUGUAUAUUUGUAAAUCUUCUCAUUUUCGUGUGUUUAAAUAUGUAUUAUAAAUCUUUAUUUCAUUUUCUACAAUAUAUUAGCUUUGCUAAUAAAUUUUUUAAACUAAUUAUAAUGUCUUAAAUAGAAUAAAAGAAAAAUACCCAUUAUUAAAAUAUUUACU